ACUUGUGGGCGUGCAGCAGUGGACCAUCAUGGACACUCACAGUAACAAGACCAGCUACAAGCUGACCGUGCUGAAGCCGGACACCACCUACCACGUGAAGGUGCUCACUCAGUGUCUCAGCAAGCUGCACAAGACCAACGAGGUGAUCACAGUCAGGACGCCAGAAGGAGUGCCCGAUCCUCCCCGGAACCUGCAGCUGUCCUGUGAUAACGGUGAGGAUUGGACAGUGGAGGUCUCCUGGAGUCCUCCUGACAAAGGACACGGCCUCAUCAGGGAAUACAUC